AUGUCAGGCUCUGGCUCACGUCAAGUUGAAUAUAUAAAAGACGUUCGAAUCUCACGAGGAAUAGGGAAGGAAUACUUGGUCAAAUGGUCAAACAACCUCGUUUAUGAGUGGGUUCCGGAGAGAGUUUUACAAGCUUGGAAUCAUAAAAUCGAGGAAUUUAAUCAGUCUGUAAAUAGUAUACAAGACAGCGGAUGCAACUUACAAAUCAAAGAAGAAGGGACGAGUUUCAGUACGAAGAGUCGAGAGGAUCAAGAAAUGGCUCGGCAAGAGUUUUUUAUAAAAUUCGCGCGUAAUAACAAACCAGUAGGAGUCUCGGACAGUGCGCUUGCACCAACAGAACUAGUCAAGGCUGGCACUCGAAAGCGUCCUAUCUCGGAAACCCGACCAGAGAAGGAAUCGGAUGUGGUUAUAAAUAAGAAAUAUAAACUACCAUCUAGCAAUGAUGCUAUCUCGUCAAAUGAACACAUAUUACACUCUACUACUCCUCUCUCCUUUUCGACGUCACAUAUUGGAACUAGUUACGACAAGACUAAUUCGAGCAAUUCACAUCGAGCGUCGGAUAUGACACCACCAAUUAUUAAUAGAGGGUCUCCACAACUAGCAACUGGGGAACAUUCAAGGUAUACUUGGCAAGGUGUCUUGUCGAAGCGCGUGAACGAACAGUUUGUAGCAAAUGUUAUGGUUACGUCACUUGAUGGCGAUAACCGUGCAGAUAGUAAGCUUUUUGACAUUCUACAAACGAAGCGACAAUUGACAGUGACAUCAUUAAUACCCCUGAAGUACCUUUUAGCGUUAUACAAAUCGCGUGAAAAAGACAACAAAAUAACGGAAUCACCAUCUAUGAUGUGGUCCACAGACGAUGCAUCCACUAGUCUUGAAAACAUGGCUACUGAACUCGAAUACCGCGGACAGGCGAGUAUAAUAUGGUUUAGGCCGUGGAUCGUCGUAUUCUUAUGUCCAUCAUCAAGUGAGGUUCGCAAGUCCUUCCGAAUAGCAGAGCCGUCGGCACCUUUUAUCAUAGUGUCUUUAUCGUUAAGAUCUUUGCCAGAAAAGCUAGAAUAUAGCAUCAUGAUAGACAGUGCUGAACUUUUGACAAGAAGGGAUUUAAAAGAUGCUGAUCAAUAUAACGGAACGCUAAUGUCGCUGGGAUUGCAAUUUCCCAAAGAGUUUAAUUCGCAAUUUGCGAAUGCAACUUUCACUAUAGUCGCUCCUCCGGCAGUGCAGUAUGAGACAGAUGAUAUGAUUGCGUAUUUGAAAACAUUAGGUGGAACAUACGAACAUUGGAACAACUGCCAUGACGUCUCAAUUGUACUGAUUCAUCGUAUUUUCGUCCGGCAAAUGAUGACCAUACCGCACUUGGAUAAAUUGAAGCGGAAUAAGGUCAGAAUAUAUUUGUUUGGCUAUGGAGAAGAUCCUUGGGCAUCUCCUAUGCCGAAAGAAGUCUAUCGUGCAGGUGGCAUCAUAACCGUAUCCUCGCAGAUACUGUGUAUGGAGGAUGGAGUCAUUGAUACAGUUCUGGGACAUAUCAAUCACCAGAAGAAAACGUCGCCAACCGCUUUAUGGUUGUUUAAAAUUCAUUCCGAUACAUUCAGGCAUCUUCGAGAGAUAAUCGAUAAUGUUUCGGAUGUCCACAGUCGGAACAGGUUCGUUGAACUCUUGAGAUAG